UGUUUUUCCUGUUUACCGGUAUAAAUACAGCAAGUUUUCCUGUUACGAAAACCAGAUAAGUCAUUAUUUCGAUAACCAGUCAAAUAGGCAGAAUUUAUGAUGAACUGCUUAAAAAGCAUCGUUAUAGCUGUUCUGGCAGUUUACUCCAUUUUAGCCAUGUCAGCACGUGCUCAAGUGCAAUGUGGCAAGGACGGUAAGGACGGCAAGGACGGUACCAACGGAACGAAUGGCAGAGACGGUAGGGACGGGAGAGACGGCUUGCAGGGUGAGAGAGGCCCGCCAGGACCUAAGGGAGAAAACGGUUCACAGUGUUCUCCGAGAAAUAUUAGACAGUUCACUUGGACGGAUAUCAACGACGGCAAAGAUGACGGUCUGAUUAAGGAGGUGACAUUCUUCAAAGCCGAAAUGUCAACUAUGCUCCGAGUGGCUUUCCACGGUAAUAUCCGCGUCAUGACCCCUGCAGGGCAAACCGAGAGCUGCCGGCGUUACUGGUUAACAUUCAAUAACACCGAAUGUGACAGUCCCGCAUCUAUUGAUACACAGUUCUAUUCUACCCAUCAGUAUAAUAUUCACCGAGAUUCCACCCUUGAAGGUAUCUGCGAGCACUUACGGUCGGGACAAGUUGUGAUUGGUGUACAUGUUGGCCCUUGCAAGAGAGGAGAAAGUCAGUUAGGAGGAGAUGCAUACACUGGCUGGCACAGUGCAACCAGAAUUAUCGUUGAAGAAAUCUAACAGCCAAUCGCCUUUGUGUUCACAAGAGGGCUUCCUUUGUCCAGAAAUUAGACGAUCUGAUGUCAUCGAAGGCUUGGGGUAAUUUCUAUAAAUACUAGGAAGAUGGAGUCGCUUACAGAAAUCAACUUGACUGGAAGGAAGCUCGCGAUUGUUCCUACUGAAAAUCGAUGUUUUUCUGUCCUCUUUACUGAAUAUCUACAUAAAUCUUCAAAUGACAAGUAAAACUCAAGGGAGGUUUUUAAACAGUUUUAAUGUAAUACGUAUCAAUAAAAAAUUAUAUAGUUUAAGAAAAUAUGUUAUUUUCCCACUAAAAGCGGCAUCCCAUCUGUUGGCGUCAUAUCAAUUUUAUGGUGUAAAAAAACUAAUUUUGUUUGCAAGUUUGCCUCUCACCGAGACGGAUGCUAAACAAAGCUCACUGCUACAUGUAUUCGUGGGCAGUGCAGAGAAAAUACAAACUGUCACAAGUUUUUAUUUAUAGGCACGGUUGAGAUAUCCAGUGGAUAUACAUUUAUGUACAUGUUCUAUUAUUUUAUAAUAAAUCUGCCAU